AUGGUGAUGGGGACUCACCGUCGCUUCGAACCGAUUUCAAAAUGUAGAAUCGAGGGAAGAUCGAACGAGAAGGUGGGCGCGGACUUUAACGGAACACUUCUCGUGUCACCAAACCCUUUACUGUAUUUCAUGCUUAUUGCUCUCGAAGCUGGCGGUCUUACAAGAGCACAUGUUCUCCUAGCAUCCCUUCAGUUUGUGUAUUUGCCGAACUUGUUCAUAUCUGAAUCCGCAGCCAAUAAAGCCUUCCUUUUCAUCUGCUUUGCUGGGUUAAAAAUCGGAAACAUCGAGCUCGUUUCGAGUUGCCGCAGUUCUAUUCCGAGGAUGUUCAUCCCGAGACCUGGAGAAAUCAUGGUGGAAUCAUUUGCUAAAGCGGUUUUGGGAGCCGAUAAGGUUAUUGGAACAGAGUUGCAUGUAACAAAAUCAGGCAGGGCAACUGGGUUUACCAUGAAACCGGGGAUUCUGGCCGGAGAACACAAAAGGGAUGCCACAAGUUUGCCAGAUUUCGGACUGGGAGACAGAGAAACUGACCAUGAUUUCAUGUCAUUAUGCAAGGUUAAUGAAACCCUCAUCCUUUAUCUUUUAUGCGAGUCCAUGGAUGGAUAG